AUGUUACAGCCGGAAGGUAAGGCUGUGUUUUCUUUUCCUAUUGGAGAUAACUUUAACAAGAAGGCUCAUGCACAGAUCAGGAAGAUCCAUGCUGAAAAACUCCUCCUUGACCCUGAUUGCGUAACCUUCGAAAUUGAGCGAACAUUUUUCUUCGUGCAUAGACUCAGCCCGGAGCACGAGAGCUUCCGCGAUCCUAUCUUCCGAAAAGUGGACCUUGUCAAUGAAAGAGACGCAAAUAGGAACGUCACCAAAGCGGCGCCUACGUUUGACUAUAUCGAGAAUAAGGCAAUUCAGGAAGAGCAUAGGAAGGGGCAAUUGGGUAAACAAGCAAUGGAGACGCAAGCACUUCCUGCUCUUGCUCUAAUCGAUAACGUCCUAUAUUGCCCCUUCUGCCGAAAAUCUUAUUACGUUGACUCCGAAUGUUUCACCAAGAAUCCGAACCUGAAACUAAAAGACGGAGAUAGACCGAAGCUAAAGCCAGGCAGAAUGCAUACGAGCAUAUACAAACAGUUGAAGAAGCGGCCUUCGACGGAUAACGAGGAUGACGAUGCGGGUGAUCCAAAGGAUCCGAAGAAACCAACUUUUAUGGCGAUGAAAGUCUCCGAGAAAGAUAUCAACGAAGCAUUUAGAAACGAUAUCGAGAGCAAUUUCGCCCUGUUCGACCAUAUACCUAUAGUGAUAGCGAUAAAAACCUUCUCUAUUCGUGACGCGUGGAUCGUGGAUAGUGGCCCCUCACUAAGAGGCUUUGACACCUUAACGGCUCCUUCGCAAUUAGUCAAAUAG